AUGCCUGGCGGCAAGGGAAAGUCUUCGGGGGGGAAGAGCUCGGGGGGCAAGACCAGCGUUGAGGGUCAUAAGAAGCAACAGAGCCACUCCGCUCGUGCUGGCCUUCAGUUCCCCUGCGGGCGUGUCAAGCGUUUCCUCAAGCAGAACACCCAGAACAAGAUGCGCGUUGGUGCCAAAGCUGCCGUCUACGUUACCGCUGUUCUCGAAUAUCUGACUGCCGAAGUCCUUGAAUUGGCAGGCAAUGCUGCCAAGGACCUCAAGGUCAAGCGUAUCACUCCUCGCCACCUACAGCUCGCUAUCCGUGGUGACGAAGAGUUGGACACGCUGAUCCGUGCCACCAUCGCCUUUGGUGGUGUCUUGCCACACAUCAACCGCGCCCUGCUACUCAAGGUGGAGCAGAAGAAGAAGAAGGCCCAGGCCAUCGAGGCAUAA